AUGGUGCACCUAACUCCUAUGAAUGCAAAACGGGUACUGUCCGUAAUACUGCUCGGAAUCUUCCUGGUAGCACUGAUGUUCUCCUCGCAAGCUGAUGACACUCUAAGUGCCGUCAGUAUCGUCAUACAUCAGUAUUGGGUUCUGAAAGUCACCGUCACCGACUACGUGCAUCCGAUCCUGUUCGAAGCGGCCGUCCCGAAGAUCUGCCACGAUCUGCUGCUGGUCGUUUCCGCUACUAACCUUGAAGGGCAAUUCUACUUCAUCCACAAUGACAUCAGUAUCGCCAUCCGGAAGAUCUGGCUCACGAAGCCGAAGCCUUAAUACCGGGCAACGCAAAAAGUCGGCGGCAUCUAUUAAUUGAUUGAUCCCGGCGUCGUCGCUCACUUUAGGGAAACUUUGGAAAACAAUUCAGAUCACCACACUUGGACGCGAUCCGUGCGCGUAAGUCAAAUUUGCAUAACAAAGUUGAUUUUUAUCUAAAUUAUUAUCGGUUAUCCAACGCCUGGCGUUCCAGCCGAGAUGGUUUCGAUUUCACUAAAACUUUCGCACCUGGCGACACUCUGCAAACUGUAAUACUGCUAACAUAAAGAUUCGAGCCCGCAUCGAACACUUGGUUUCUCACCGGAACAUUUUUUCGAUUUGCGACAGCGAAUAAAACGACGCCAGAUUUUCCAGCGCAGCUUCCGAAAAUUUGUACAAGCAGGAGGGACGGAUGACUUUCAGUGAUCCGGUCCAUUGGCUUUCGAUCCGCCAUUAAUAGCUAAACCGUCGACAGGUGGUUCGCUUUUCAACGCCGUACUCGCUGCAUAGGAGCUCUGUUCUGGAAAUCCCACAACUGGAACGAUUUGUCCCGUUGUUUUCAUCACUUCUGCGCGGCUGAGAUAAUUUCUAGGUGUCGAGCUUGAAAAGAAGAAUCACAAUUCAGUAUCACAUUCGAUUAAACCUUAGA